AUGGAGGAAGAAGAGGAGGAGGCGGCGGCGAGCGGAGGCGCGGGGCCGAGCUGUGGCUGCAAGGGGAUCCGCUCCUGUCUGCUCUGCGAGGGGCCCGCGCAGGCCGCUCCGCCCACACAGGGGGAGGAUAAUUUCACUUACUGUCCAGCAACGGGUUUAGCUGAAGGCAAUGAGUGCUCCCCAUUUGCUGGCUGGGCAUUUCCGUUCCCAGGGGUGUUUUUGGCGGAGGAGUUCAUUAGCGAGGAUGAAGAAGUGGAGGUGGUUGAACUGAUGGACAGGGAUGAAUGGAAGCCCUCGCAGUCUGGUCGAAAGAAGCAGGAUUAUGGACCCAAAGUGAACUUCAAGAAACAGAGGUUGAAAGCUGGUGGCUUUACUGGCUUGCCAAGUUUUAGUAAAAAGAUUGUGGCACAGAUGGAGGCCUGCUCUGUGCUAGGUGGCUUCAUGCCUGUUGAACAAUGCAAUCUGGACUACAGGCCAGAAAGAGGUUCUGCCAUUGACCCACAUUUUGAUGAUUGGUGGCUGUGGGGAGAACGUCUGGUUAGCUUAAACUUGCUCUCAAAAACUGUGCUGUCCAUGUCUUGUGAUUCAGAGGACAGCAUCCAAUUAUUUCCUACUUUCAGUAAUGAAAACAGGGAAUUAAAUCCCCUUGGAUCUCUUACACAAACGUCACCAUGUGAGAAUUCAGGCGAACAGGGAAGCAGCUGCCUUUUAUCCCCAAGGCUCGUCCCAAGUAAGGAAGUGACCGUUGCCAUUCGCUUACCCAGGAGAUCUCUGGUGGUGCUGUAUGGUGAGGCUCGCUACAAGUGGAAGCACGCCAUUCACCGCAGGCAUAUCGAGCAUCGGCGAGUGUGUGUCACGUUCAGAGAGCUGUCUGCAGAGUUCAGGGCUGGAGGAAGGCGUGAGGAGCUGGGCAGAGAACUGCUGGAGAUAGCUCUUUCCUUUCAAGGGACACCGGUGUGAUCAGCAAAGGGCUGCUAGAAUUGUGUCUUAAGAAAUGUGAAAAAUAAAAACCAGGAUGUGUAGAAUUGGAUUUAUUUCUGAAGUGUACAUAAGAAACUGGGUAUGCAUGGAUGUUAACAAAUAGUUUUUUGUGAAGGCUGUCCUGGGCAAUAGCAGCUUUUAUGUCAUCCUGCUUUACUGUUACCUGUGCCCUAGGUCCACACCUGUCUUCUCACCCAGUUCAGAUUGUUCCUUGAGAGAGAAGCUCUCCAGGGGGCAGACAAGCAUCUCUCCACAGAUAGUACAAUGCUAAGAACUAAUUAAAGUAAUUAUCCUUUGCUGAAGAUUUAUACUUUAACAGUGAGGAUAAGCCAUAAAUGCUGUGUGUGACCUGUAUCUCCUGGGACCAAAGAGCUGCAUUUACAGAGGGCCAAUGCUGACUCUUCCACAGAGACAGCUUGGCACAGCUCAGACCAGAGGCUCAUAGACUGUGUUAUUUUCUGGUCGUUUGUCAUCUCUGAACCCCGCUGUCAGCUCUCAGUAUUGAGAGUCAGAUUUUGGGAAUAAGCUGGGCAACAGACUGCAGCACCAGUGGCUGUCAUUUUUUUUUCUUGGCACCUCCAGCGGUCAGGUGUGAAUCAUACCUUGUACCUAAGAUUCAAGGCAUCACUUGUAGCAGGCGCUGAUUGAGGGCCAUCUGUCUGUUCAGAACUAACUUCUGUGCUCUUGAAAAUGAAGCUGUGCUGUGGAAGAAGCAUGACACACAGUUGUAUCAGCAAAACCAUUCAGCACUCUCACAGAUACAGUAAUGAAAUGAUACUUUGCAAUGCUGUCUGGUUUUGUUAGGAAAAGGGGCCUGUUUCUUAGGUGAGAUUUCAGCAUCCUCAUACAGCUAUAUCCUGUCCUAGAAAUACUUCCUUGGCACAGCACGUGGUUUUUAACAUAUCAGUAAUGCAUUCAUGCUGCAGACUGCCCUCUGCUGCAGGCAUUGCGGAGGAGGCAGCUCCUCAGCACGACUGAACUAGGUUACUAAAAAUCAGGUGAAUCAGGACAUUUGAAAUGAUGACUGCUAGGCUCCUUCAGGGCUGCAGCGAAGCUGUUUUACUUUAGCCCUGUGUUUAAGCCGUUGUGGACACAGCUACACAGUGAUUGCAGCAGGGAUCAGCGAGCACUGCUUCCGUGGGCAGUCCUAAACUGCAAACCUCCACCCACACCCACAGCAUCACUGCCUCAGCAGCAGUUCCAGCAUGCCCUCUCUGACAGAAGGCUGUCACUGCAGUGAGGAAGCUGAGCUUUAUAAGGAGAAAAUUCUCACGGAAAUCUCAAAAUUGCAAUUCCUAACCUUUGUGAGGCAGGUUGGUGCCAUCAGCCCUGUGCUGCCAGCACCCACGGGCUCAAUAGCAUGCUGUCUCCAGGCCCUCCAUUGCUGCUACUGCACUAAAAGACAUUGGGCCAAGCAGGAGAUGGCUGGCAGACUGCUGGGGUUCCGCAGAGAGCCACGCUGGGCAAGGAAACCCAUUCUGCAGGUAGGGCAAGCCUUGAGACCACAUCUACCACCACCCUGCUGCCUUCUGGUGCUCAGCCUCUUCAGCAAUCUGCUCUGCACAUAGCAAAAUACAGCAAUCAACUGCUUCCAUUAAUGUUUGACCAUUAAUUCCAACAUUUCCUUUUACUUUUCCAUCAUGCUCUCAGCUUGUGAGAAUCCUUCUGGCACGGGUACCCACUGUUUCAUUGUCUCAGCAAUGGGAGCAGAUGCUGGCUGCUGAUGAAUCAGUGUGCCACGAUAAUGAGAUAAACAAUAUUAGUUCAUUUUGUGCUCUGCAUUUGUUAGCUGAAUUUUUCUUUGUGAUGUACAGCAAGCUGCUGCUCUUGCCAGAAAAUUCCAGCCCUGCCUACUCAAUAUCUUCAGUUUAAAAUCUGCAAAUAAUUAUCUUGCAAGCCAGGAACUGAGGGCUUUGUCAAGAUGGUUUUACAGUCCAGAACUUAAUGUAGCCAUGACUCAGUUACUGCUAUGUCCACCCUUUAUAUUUUUCACCUGCUGAACGCUCUCCUAGGCACCACCUCUGUUCACACUGCAAUUACAAUUACAAACACAUUGGCUCUGUUUGGCUUUUUAAAACUUCAGGAGAGAAUGUACAUGAAGAGCCACAAUUGUGCUGUGGGAUAUUAAUGGUCAGGUCUGGAUUAUCAGUAUUGCAGAAAUUUAAGAAAAGCAUAAGGAGGAUUUAAUUAAUUAGGUGUUAAAAGUACUUUUGCCCACUCUGUUAGUAUGACAAACUUCAAAUUAUAGGAAUUCCUAUCAGAGCUGUUUAUCUUUUUAACCCCAAUUAGCACUUGUAAAACACGUGCCAUGAACCAUUCUCUCAUUAAAAGCAAGUGCACCUAUUUGAUAUCUCCU